AUGAGCAAUAAACAGCCGAAGGCAGGGAAUGAACAAGACAGUAAUCCCAGUACGACAAGUACAGAUGAUGUCAAUGUCACACAAAAUCAAAUACAAAACUUUUGUUUAAGGAGAACACCUAAUAUGGGUGUCGAUGAUGUAUGCAACCAACCAGAAUACCAGCAAAGUACAUCUAGUUCAUCAGAUACAACUAGAAGUGGUUCUUCCGCUCAAUUGCAAUAUAUGAAAGCUGCAAAUGACGUCCGAAAGAUUAACAAAGGUCUACAAAAUGCUCAGGUUAAUUUGGAGGUUAAAAAUUUAAUGAUCGUAACGAAAUUGAAUGAUUUGUUUCUUGUAUAUUUGACCAGAGAAUUGGUUGAAUGGUUAUUGAAGAACUUCCCAUCUAUAAACGUUUAUGUUGAAGAAACUUUAAAGGAUGACCCUAAAUUUAAUACAGAAGGAAUAUAUAAGGAUGCAAAAUGUAUUGAAAAUAAGAUAUUUUUUUGGACACCACAAUUUGUGAAACAACAUAAUUUAUUUUUUGAUAUGGUAAUAACCAUGGGUGGUGAUGGUACCGUGUUAUAUGUGUCGACAAUAUUUCAACAGUCGGUUCCACCCGUAUUAUCAUUUUCGCUAGGUUCAUUAGGUUUUUUAACAAAUUUCAAAUUUGAAAACUUUAAGGAAGAUUUACCUAGAAUACUAAAUCAUAAAAUCAAAUCUAGUUUAAGAAUGAGAUUACAAUGUACAGUAUAUAGGAAUAAAAGCAAUGAUAAUUCAAUUGAUUUGUCAGAAGAUUCAUCUACCAUUUCACCUCCCCUCGCUACUGUACCUUUUGAAUUGAAAAGUAGUAGUACAGAUCAAACAAUGACUAUAUUUUCAAUUCAUCAUGUAUUAAAUGAGAUUACAAUUGAUAGAGGUCCCGGACCAUUUCUUACUAAUUUAGAAAUAUAUGGAGAUGAUUUUUUUAUGACUAAUGCCCAAGGUGAUGGUUUAAUUGUUGCUACACCGACAGGUUCGACAGCAUACUCAUUAAGUGCUGGUGGUUCUCUAGUAUGUCCUACAGUUAAUGCAAUUGCAUUGACACCGAUUUGUCCACACACAUUGAGUUUCCGUCCUAUAAUACUUCCUGAUAGUGUCUGUUUAAAGAUCAAAGUAUCUAUGAAAUCUAGAGGUUCGGCAUGGGCUUCAUUUGAUGGUAAAUCAAGAACUGAGCUACGGCCAGGUGAUUACGUUAAGAUUUCAUGUAGUUCAUUUAGUUUCCCAACAGUAAGUUCAACUGAUGAACAAUUUAUUAGAAAUAUUAGUCGAACAUUAAAUUGGAAUGUUAGAGAACAACAAAAGUCGUUCACGAAUUUACUUUCAAGUAAAAAUAAGAAAAAUUUUGUAAAAGAAAAUAAAGCUAAGAAGGAAGCUGAUGAGCUUGAAUCAUCUUCAUCAGAUGAAAUUGAAAUCCAAAUUAAAGAUAAGAAUAAGAAAAAGGCAGUAAAUAAAUAA